GGGACCUGUCCCAUCCUCCCAGCCGCGCCGCCACUCUACCAAAUCCCCAUCGGGAUCCAUCCCACCCAACCAGAUCGCUCCGGCCAUGCCUCCUCCUCGCCAAAUCCCCGUCGCCCAAGUGCCCGAGGAGAGGAGCUCCUCCAGCAGCCGUCUUCGCCCGCAGCCGUCGUCCUCCGUGGCCAGCAAUCGCAGCCCCCGCCGCCGGCUGACCGAACCAGCACCAUGGACGCCAAGUUCCCGCUGCGCCGCCUCCUCAAGCUCGCCCGCCAUCCACCACUGCGACCAGGCGCGCAGCUGCCCGUCUUCGUUGCCACCACAGGAGCCCCAAGCGCCAUGGUUUGGGCUCGGCCUCGAGAUCUUCAGCGCCGCCGUGGCUGCUGCUUGCUCCGUCGACCCAGACGCAAGUCCCAGCCGCCUCCAUCUUCUUCCAGGAGCCCGAGCGCUGCUCUUCCCCCGCUGCGCCGGCGAGUCCACAUGCCGGAGCCGUCGACCGCCGCUGCCUCAGGUCUUCAGCGCCGCACCGAAGUCUCGCCGUUGACUGCGCUACCCCGAGGCGUUCUGCCUCCUUCUGGCGGGAGAAGACAGAGGAAGCCGCGCCGCCGCGUUGACGUCCUCCCCACCUACCUCGCGCGCCUCAAUAUCCUCCAAGACCGGCGGGAUCCAUCUUCCCGUGCCCGGGUCCGCCCGUCCGCUCCUUCCGCCGCUCGCCGGAGUCCCACGCGUCCCCGGCGUCGUCAACCACUGCUCCAUCCUCUGCUUCAGGCGACAGAGGACGCCGCUCGUCCCUGCUGCAUUGACUGUAGCCAGCGCCCCUGGCCCAGCUUCAGCGGCCGCGUGGGCCACCAGCAAGCAGGCCCAGCGCCCCCUUCCAGCCUCCCUCUCCAAGCCGAACGGGCCAAGGCCCACUGGGAUCUGCGAAUUUAGCUAUUACCCAAGGAUUUACUGUUUUGCAGAAAACCCCCUGUUCUUCAUGCAUUUAAUAACUAAUAAACCGUGCUUCGGAUUAAAAUGAUUUAAAC